AGCAUGCAUCAACGUUGCCACCAUUAGACGCCAUACAACUGAAUAAAUUGAAACAUUUAUCUAUCGUUUCCUUAUCUGAAGAAUCAAGAACAAUUCCAUAUGAUAUACUUUUGCAAUACCUUGAUAUACCAAAUGUCCGUGAACUUGAAGAUUUAAUUAUUGAGGCAGUCUAUCAGGAUGUCAUCAAAGGCAAAUUAGAUCAAAAAAGGAAACAGCUUGAAAUCGAGUAUACAAUGGGUAGAGAUUUACGACCUGGACAAAUCGAUCAAAUGUUGGAAGUAUUAAGCGUUUGGUCCCAAACUUCAGAGGAAAUUUUAAAAGUUAUAGACGCCAAGAUUACACAGGUUCGUGAUACUGCUGUUGAGAACAAAAAACAAAGAGAGGAUUAUGAAAAAGAAGUAGAACGCCUUCGUAAAGAAGUAAAAUCCAAUUCAAAGAAUACUGACCAUAUGGAAAUUAUGGCUGGAGGAGCGAUUGAUCAAUUCACGGAUUAUCAUGAUGAGAAUACAAAGGGUGGUAGAACUGGAAAGAGGUAUGAUAUCAUUUCAAAAUUUUACUCAGUUGUUGAUUGGAGUCGUUCGGUUCUUUAUUCGGUCAAAGACCGAAAUUGGGGCUUGAUUUUUAUAAAUAGUUUUAUUUGA